AAAAAUGGGCUGCUUCACAUUUGUUAAAGUUGUGAUGGUUGUGUUCAACUUGCUUAUCUGUCUCGCAGGCAUGUGUUUGGCGGCUGCAGGGAUAUGGAUGACAGUGGACGGAGAUUCCUUUAUGAAAGUUUUGCCACCUUUCACUGAUGAUUUCCAGAGUCAUGUCAGUGUAGGAAUCUUCAGCAUCACUAUUGGAGCAGUUAUGACUCUGCUUGGACUGCUGGGGUGCUGUGGAGCUCAGAAAGAGAGCAAAAGCCUUCUCAUAAUGUUCUUCUCCAUCAUUCUGAUCAUUUGCAUCGCUGAGACGGCAGCCGCAAUAGUAGCCCUGGUCUACUCCUCAUACACUCAGAAUAUUCUAAGAGCAUGGGCCACAUCUGGACUGAAGGAGCAGUAUGGGAAAGAUAAAAUCCUCACAGACUUGUGGAACUCAACCAUGACAACAUUGCAGUGCUGUGGCUUCAGUAAUUACACAGACUUCUCUGGAUCCUACUACUAUAAGCAGAAUGGGGCCCUUUACCCUCCUACCUGUUGUGCAGGUCCUGAGCUCUACCCUUGCGACGACCACAACGCAGAUUUCAUUGGUGUGGUGGGCUGUUUUAAACAAAUUGUUCAGAUCAUCCAGAGGAACCUCAACAUUUUGGGAGGAAUUGCUGCUGGAGUCACUGCCAUUGAGGUGGCAGCAAUGGCAGUGUCUAUGUACCUCUAUUGCAACCUGGGCAAAAAAAUCCACCUGAAAGUUUAAUCUAAGUAUUUUUAUGUAUAUGCAUAUUUUCUUUACACUGCAAGCUAGCACAUAUUAGUUAAUACUUUAAGUGUAGAUAAUAUUGUAGAUAUUAUGUCAUUAUUUAUUGUAGGAUUUCAGUUGUAUCAUGUUAAUGAGGUGGAAGUGGAUGAUAAAAUCGUAGUUUAGCUGGCUUUGAAAUCGGAAGUUACAUAAACAAUUUUCUUCUGAGUAUGUAAUGGAAUUCACUUCAUGAAAUAAAAAUGUUGCUGUAUCCCCUUCUACAUGAGAAGUAAUUUUAUAACCAGAAUUCAUUUGCAUAGAGAAGUCAUAAUUGUUUUGCACUGAAACGCUUCAUGUCACAAAAGCUGUUCUUAUACAUGAAAAAUUGGUUAAGGGUGAGAUAGGAAAG